AUGCCCUGGCAGCCGCUACCUCUGUCGUAUGCGGUUGCCAUCUAUCCCUUUCAGCCGACGUCUUCCCCGUCCGAACUCCCUCUUCAGAUUGGAGACCAAUUGUAUGUCAUCGAGCAGGGAGGUAAAGAUGGAUCUUGGUGUCGCGGCUAUCUGGUCGCGCCGCCCACCUUGCUGUCGGCAUUGAGCCCUGGGAUUAGGACCGCCGCCGACGCCCGGGUCUUUUCUGGCAUCUUCCCCAAGUGUUGCAUCGAAAUUCGAGAACAACUGGGUCCUGAUGUCGACUUGGUCGUCCAGCCAGGCCAGCCAAGGCCUCCAGCUCCGGUGCCCAUGUUGAAAAUCGGGGAUGAAUCUCCGACGUCAAUCACUGAGCCAUUGGUCGAUGAAAUCACCUCGUGUUUGCGAGAAUGGUAUAUUCUGCAUUUGCCCGAGCUGGUUUUGCGGCGAGAGUACCAUCUUCUGGACCAGAUGUCGGAUAUCACCACCCGACUCGACUAUGCCAGGCGGGAACUAUUGAACGAUGUGCUCACCACUCAGGAGAGGCUCCAAGUCCGCCGGGACGCAGUGUGGGACCUGGUGCGAGGCAACAAAAUGCUGAGCGGCGAGGUCAUCGUCCGGGAUCCGGCUCGACAAGGACGACUUUUGACUUCGCAGGACCCGGCCAUCGAGCUGGCCAAAUUACAGUCAGUCAUGAGUGUGCUGGAUACUACGCCGUCCGAAAAGUCCAAGGCGACUUCACUCCAUCACUGUCUCCUUGAGGUCACGUCAGUGGCCGGCUCCGACCUGGACGCGACAACACUGAGUCUGGCUCUGUAUCUCAAGGAUGCAGAUGGCAAUCUCAAGCCCUUUUCAGAGACGUACAGCUCCAUCGCCAGUUCCAAAAUGAAGACACUCCUGUCGGAUCUCAGCACUAGGGACGUUGGGGCCGAUGACCGGUUAUUCCUUGUAGCCAAGGUUGUGGUUUCAGAACCUCCACGAAAAGCCAAAAAACGAGUGAUCGAACGACCGCCAUCAAGAAACGGAACCAUACUGGGUCAACGGCAGUUAUCUCUGAACAGGCGAAGAUCCAGCCUGAUGUUUGGGAGGCGGCGGAAUGCUGAAAGACCUCAGCCCAGCCAAAACGGUAGAACCACCCCACAACUCCAGGAACGAGCAUCAACUCCGUCGACCAUUGAGGAAGAGGAAGAUGGCCAGCACAAGCCUUCAGGUCCCCCUGUCCCUCGGACCAUUGGAGUGGGAGUUUUGGACAUUGCCAAAAUCAUGAGGGAUGGCCAGCCACGAGAAGAAAGCGUCACCAUAUGGUCUCCAUCACAGCGAGACGACGAGAAGCCGGGGGAGCCUAGCGCGCUGGCAGCGCAGCUCCUUGACAGCCCUAGCAGGGCUCUUGUUUUAUGCACACCGAUCUCCAGCGUCAAUUUCAAUCUGACUCCUUACACUGCGCCUGAGGCCGACACCCUGAUUAAGAACACGCCCACAUCGAUGCACAUGAUCACCAAAACUCAAAAGAUGGGCUUCUCAGAGGCGCCGUCCAAACCACGGACAGACAUCUAUCUUACUUUGGGCAAAGCAGUCUUGGCCCAAGGGUCCUUUUUGUCCCACCCUGAGGUGAACGUGGCGCCGAUAAAGGCACAUUCAUUGCAGAACCUACAACUGACCAUGGAAGUGCGAGACAAUGCUGGACGGCGUGUGGAGCAUUGUAUAUUCCCGUCGUCGAACGGAGCCGGAGUCACUGCCUUUCGAACCAAUGCCGUCGAACUCGAUCAUAAGUGGGAUCAGACGCUAUGUUUGCGAGUGCCAACCGAGAAGGUACCAGAAAGUCACUUGGUUCUGAGUAUUGCGGAUGCCCCAGAAUUCCCGUUUGCCCUGGCCUGGUUGCCGCUGUGGGAUAAGCAAGCCUUCAUUUCUGAUGGCAAGCACUCGCUCGUCCUACACGCUUAUGAUAAGAUCACAUCCAGCAUCAACCACGGCCGCGGUGCAUAUCUAUCCCUAGCCUGGAACAAUGCCAACUACAAGACCAUCCACGAAGGUUCUUUGGCAACGAUCGCUUCCCUGGAAGUAUACACUCUUCUCUGCAGCACCGAAUAUUCGCAGGAUCGAACCUUGGUCAGCCUCAUCAAUUGGAAGCAUCAGACGUCGGUCCAAUUGUUGGACAUCCUCCAGAAACUCACGUUUGUGCCAGAAAUCGAAAUCGUUAAGCAACUCAGAGAGGUGCUGGACGCGCUGUUCGGAGUCCUGGUCCACAAGUCGGGGGAGUCCAAGUUUGAAGACCUUAUCUUCAACGAUAUUGUUUGGGUGCUCGGAAUUGUCCAUGAUCGACGGUUCAACCUGGGUCCUCUGAUUGAACAGUACACCGAGAAUCAUUUUCGCUUCCCCUACGCUGCGUCGUGCCUGAUUCGUAGCUUCACCAGACUUUUACAGAGUGUAUCGGACCCUCAAAGUGCCCGUGAUAUGAGAUCGUUGUUCAAAGUUGGCAAAAAUUUCAUGAGAAUUCUGAUCGUGUCGUAUCAACAACGACGCUUUGGAUCGCAACCCAGGGACAACGAUGAGAAGCAUUCGAGUUUCAAGGAAGAUAUGCAGGCGAUCCUCUUUGGGCUGCAGAUGAUGAUGCGCAGUGAGACUCCGGCACUCGUUGGGAGUAAAACUCUCCUUGUCCAGAAGUUCCACGACUGGCUUCCCGAACUGCUACCAGCCUUCAGCAAAGAAGAAAUGAUCAAAGUGGCCGUUGACUUCAUUGACGCUUGUGACUCGGCCACGGGGAAAUUGCUGUUAUACAGAAUCGUUCUGAUUCUGAACUACACCAAGCUUGACCAGGUUUGGGUGGACGAGAAAGACCGGAAGACGCUUGUUAAGCACUGUAUCCGAUGGCUUUCGCCGUACUGGACCCCCAACAACCGCUCCGACAACUGGCACGACCAGGUCCGAUUGUGCUGCUCGGUCGUUGCUGAGCUCACCCGAUUCCCGACUUCUCACCUGCACGACUUCAUGCCGAAACUCAUCACUGCUUACAACACCAUCGCGGAUGGACCGCCGGCGAGACGGCGGUCCUUGUCCCUCCUUUUCGCAGAUUCCUACCCGUUCGUCAGCAAGCCGUCCGAAGCGAAUGAUCAAUUUGACGAAGCGCUCGUGGAGCUCUCCUCUCUCAUCUCCACAAUCGCCAAAACGAAGCUCCAGUCGAAUCUCAAACUUCAGGGACAGGAUCUCACUGAGUACAUCAUCUCGACGCUCAGCGUGCUUCGGUCUCUCCUCAAAAACGACGCAUUCCCUGCCUCGUGGCUUAGCCUGCAUAUCUACCACCACUCAUCCGCUCUGACGAUCUUGAACCACCUCUCCUCGCUCCUCAUCUCUUCUUACCUCCCGACACCAGAGGAUGCGGAUAGCUUUCACAUGCAACUGUGGAAAACCUUUCUCGAUACUCUCCUCAAGCUCGUGUCGUCGCCUGCUUUGACGCUCGAACUCUUUCCCGAACAGAAACGCCGGGCCGUGUGGAAAAUUGCUGGCGACGUGCGCCAAUAUGGUGCCGACCUCUUGCGCAAAGCCUGGGAGAGUUUGGGGUGGGAAGCGACCGCCGAUGACCAGCGACGAUACAACAUCCGCAGAUUAGGAGGCUAUCAAGUGCAGUAUGUGCCCAGCCUCGUGGCACCUACCAUCAGUCUCUGUCUGAGCAUGCACGAAGGCCUCCGCAAGGUGGCGGUGGAGGUCCUCCAAACCAUGAUCGUGAGCGAAUGGGCAUUAAGUGAAGACCUUGAAUUGAUUGAGACCGAAAUCAUCGGGGCGCUUAACUCGAUCCUGAAAGCCAAACCGGUGACGGCAAACGAGGCGGUGAGUCGCAAAGUAUUCAUCGCAGAGCUGCUAGAAUUGUUCUCCACCAUUGCCAAUCAGCCGGAUGAUGCUCUGUGGACUGCGCUCGAAGAAUUGGUGGGGACCGUCGAAGAGUUGGUCGACCUGCUCACGAGCACCGAUCCGGAAGACGAACAGUACUUGAGGAACUCGUCGACCGCCACCUCGAACCACAACGGGCAUGCACGUACCAACCAUCAACGGCCCGGCAGCAAGGACGCAGACUCGCAGACGUCCGAGGCUAAAGAACUUGCUCGGGCGAGGAGAAGCAUUGAUGGCCUGUCACCCUCGUCUCAGCAACAGCGACAGCAGCACGGGCGAGACCGUGAAUACGGGGUCCACGCCCUGGAAUGUUACAAGCAGCUCGCCGAGGAGUACGAGAGGAAUGGCGAUUAUAAGAGACUGGCAAAGACGCACCGGGCGAUUGCCCGCAUCCACGAGGCAAGGGCAGCCAGUCGGUUUGGUGGGCGGGAGGCGAACGUGAAUGGCUCAAGGAUGGGAAACAGGGAUGACGAUGGAGAGGAGGACGAGUUAUAG